GCGUACUCCGGACACUGGUUAGUGGUUACCAUCGCGUACACCGUACACCAUACAGCAGCCACACAGUAUUACCGCACGGCGAAUGCACGGUGAGCACCUUCGUUGUCCAGAUUUCAUACACGCCGCCGCCUCUAUUACAUAGAUCCAAACCAAUUUUAUAUCGAACGUCGAGCGUCUUUAACCAAAUCAACUUUUACUUGCGUAGCAGGUAUUCGCCUCGUUAAGUACCUAACGUCGCCAGGCCGUUGUGUUUCGGUUUUUACAAGAGUGAUCCGCAAGAUUUGUAUUUCGUGUUCGUUCGUUCGACAAAUUAAUUUUUUAAUUAUUAUACGUCGAUAAUUAAAUCAAUGAAAAAUAUCGCGAACGUGAUUUUCGUUUCGGGCGCCGUGUACUCGUAUCUUCGUCUAUUGUGAAUUUAACGUAUCGAUAUCUCGCGUACAAAUGUAGUAAUUCGUCCAGUGCUCGAAUUUGUUAUUGUUAUUUUUUUUAAUUUUCUAAAUCUAGUCGGUUUCAGUGCUUUUGUUUGUUUGUUUUGUUUUUUAAUUCUUUUUUUCACUAUAUUUUUGUAAACAUUGUGUUUUUUAUCCUUUCAAUCGAUUGAAAAUGAAAUCCAAGUCAACGUAUUUUAUCAUAUUUUAUUGUUCGCUCACACUCUGUUCGUGGAUAAUUGUAACGUCAGCAUAUCCCACAGAAGAUCAACACUUAUCGCUUGAUUCGUCGGAGUCAUUUUCAAACGAAUUAUUAAAUGAAAAUUCAAAUAGUAACGAGAAAGAUUCACUAAUAAGAAAUAAAAGAACGAUAGGAUUUCUACGACAACUAUUUCCUGGAUUAUCACAAAUCAUAGACAGAAAAAUCCAGCAAAUAACCAGAGUAAUAUUCAGAGUAGUAGGAAGACUGAUCCUUAGAGGAGGCCAAGGAGGUGGCGGAGCAGCCGGAGCCGGCGGAGGAGACUCUGCUGACAAAAGCGGCGGACGAAGGGUUUCCAUAACACUUCCAACGUAUCCACCAUUCGAAGACGAAGAAGAGGAAGACAGCACUGACGCACCGACUAGUGAAAAAGAUACAGCUUCAUCGGACCAAUCUACAGUCAGAGUGAACGUUUCAUCGACGACAGCUUCAUCUUCAGAAGGUUCCACUACAAUCGGAGGAAUCAGCAGCAGUUCCACAACGAGCACAGAACCAAACGCAGUAACAGAACCAUCAGACAGCAAUACGAUCAGAAGGAUUAACCGAGACGUAUCCGACGUGCUAGGAGAAACGACUCUAUCUAUUUCUGUUGAGGAAACAUCCAGUACAACCGAAGCGCCAAAAAAAUCCACCGGUCUUCUAUCGCGAUUGAGAGAAAUGCGAAGUAAAAGAGGUUCCGGUUUGUUUCGAUUCGGAAACGGAGGAGGCGGUUCGGGCAACUUUUUAUUUGAUGUGAUUCGGCUGAUAGCUGGCAGCGGCACAAGCCCGGAAAAAGACGAAGAACAAAAUGCUCCCAGAGACGAAAGGCAAGGCGAUAGCAUCGAUAGCAACGAUGUCAACGGUAGUAGUUCCAGUUUCAAUAGCGAUGACAGCUAUACCACCGGAGGUAUACCUGGCCCAUUGACCAGAUUAUUUAUACUCGCUAACAGAGGAAUCUCAAAUUUAAUCCAAGACUUAAUAUUGUUAUGCCCCGGUUCUGCGGCCAAAUGUGAACGCGAUAUGUCUGUCGUUGUUAAUAAAGUAGCUGAUAAUAUUCAUAAAGAAAAAACUUCUUAACAUUAGACCUUCUAAUACACAUAUCCCGACUCGCUCAAACCAGUGAGAGAAUAGUCAACUUCAAAGCAAGACUUAUUACAUCGAUAAUUUAAGGAUAUUUAUUUAUAUUAGAAUAAAAUGAGCGCCAUUGUUGUUUAAUCAAAACGCAUGUUUAAUAACGAAUGGUAUUCCACUAUUCCAAGUUAUACCAACGAACAAGGCAAUGAAAGAGCAUCACGCGAACGUAGGUAACGUUUCCUCAUGUAUUUUGUUUUUAUCAAUUUUUUUUAGGGAUGAAUGUUUAUAGAAAUUUGUUUAUCGAAUUCGAAAACACGUUCGAAUAAUCGUAAGCGAAAAAAAAAACUUGACCCGAACUCGAAGGGAGUUUUUUCAAAUUUGUAAAUAUUAUUUAUUUAUUAUACUCGAGUUUUACUUUUUUUUACAUUUUAGAACUUGACGAUAUUUCGGAUGUUUUUUUUCUGUUUUUUAAAAAUACUAUUUUCAUAGUACAAGCUCAAAUAUUGUUAGCGAAUUUUUAGAUUUAUCGCGAAAAUGGCUGGUUUUGCUCAAUACAUCUUAUUCCAGCCAGCUAAUUUUUAUAAAAAAUGAAUACCUACAGAUAUUUAACCGAUUAAUCGAAUCGUUAUUUGAUUAACUGGUUAAAUAAUUCGUAUGGAAAAUGACGGUAUUCGAAUUAAGGGUAGUAUGAUGAACACUACGGAUUUCGAAAGUCCUUCCAAACGCCUGUAUAUUUUCUUGUUAUUGUAAUUUUAUGUUUAUAGUAUAAUUUUUUAUACGUAUCGCGUUCAUGUAAGUUUAUACAGUAAAUUUAAAAUUUUUAAAGGUAUUAGAUAGAAAAUUUGUAUGGCAUGACGUUUGAUUAAGUUUCAGUACAAUUUCUACAUUCAUUGAUCAAUAUCGACAGAAUUAGUAGGCUAUAACUACAUACAUAUUUCAUUUAUCAAAAAAAAAACGACAAAAAACACUUCGUUAUAGGUAAUUGUAACAAUAACCAUCGAUAAAAUCGUGCCAUGAAUUGUACAAUUUAGAAAAUAAUUCCAUUUACUCAAAUUUUAUGUUACCCUGUUUGACUUGGAAGUUACCUAGACCCGAAAACACAUUCCUCUAUUGUACGAUUACCAUUUUUUAUGUGAAUAUGUAAUUUUUUUUUGUAAAAAAAUCAUUUUACGAAGUAUUUUGAGGUUAUUUUAGCGUAUGUAGAGUCGUAUAAUAAUGACUGUUUUUUUUUUAUUAGUGUUAUGUCAUAUGGUAAUGUUUCGAUAAUAAAUUGUACAUCGAAUGUUGA